CCGACCAAAGCGACUGACUUUCGAGCCUCAUGGUCAAGGGCGCUUGCCACCCGAACGGCAGCAACUUCCGGCGGGUCGCACGCCUCGAUGUGGUGGGCAGAGUGCGCAAGCUCGCCGAGCUGGGGCUCCUGAAGGAGCGGCCGGCAUGGCUUGAGUGGUGCGAGAGGACGCCUCCUCUGGAGAACCACAACCUGCAGCUGCAGGCCCGGACCGUGCGCAACCCGUACCCGCAGAUGGUGAGCUUCCUGUUGAAGAAGUAUCCGGACCUGCGUUUCCAGGACUGCUAUGUUGAUGGCAACGACUGGUCUGUGGGCAACGACUCUUACCGGGACGACCAUCCCGUGAUGCAGUUUGUGGCGAAGCAGCUGCACAUUAUGCGCACAGAGGGCAAAUCCAAGAAGGAGGCCUUCGCGCAAACCGAGGAGCUCUUCCGAGAAAGGCGGAGGAAGCUGGAGACGGAGCAGAAGCUCAUGAUGGCCAUGGCGGUGGACGCCGGCUUCCAGCCGAUGUUCAGCACGGGCAGAGCUUACCUGGAGGUGGAGAAGGCUUCCUUGGAGGCCGAGCACCUGAAGAAGAUCAUAGGCAUGUUGCGCGAGCAGCGAGGCGCCAAGCCUGCCAAAUCGCCGCGACCAUUUGACGCGCCGCGCUUCGACACUCUCUCGAGGGCAGAAGAUCGGCCAAGCUCGGCGGUCGAGAGCGAGCCAACAAGUGGCGGUCUCUCCCCGGAAGAGCAGGCGCUUAUAGAGAAGCAGGCCAGUGAGCAGAAGCAGGCCAGUGAGCAGAAGCAGGCCGCGGCCCGGGAGCAGGAACGCCAGGAACGCGAACGCCAGGAACGCCAGGAACGGGAACGUCAGGGCCGUUCGAUGGACGAGGAGGCGGAGAUAUUUUCGCAGCCGCGCGGUGAGCGUCAAUUUGGGCAGUCUGAGAGAGCAGAGAAGGUGAAAGAGAUGCUCAAAUCCCCGCGGACGACAAUGGACCAAGCCGACGAGGAAUCGGAUUCAGACGACGAUGCGGAGAGAAAGCGGAAACGCAGGACAGAGGGCAAAGGUGACGAUGACGAGUAGCCAUCACCCGAGUAGACGCCGCUUGCGCCGCUGCG